AUGGCAACCAUUAAAUAUUGCAGAAUUUGCCUACAAAUCAAUGUUAAAGUUUUUGUUAUGGAAUCUAACUCUCUAGAGCAUUUCUAUGAAAUAUUAACUGGAAGCAGUGUCAAGAAGCCUGAAUUAUCAAAAUAUGCUUGCUUUGAGUGUGCAGCUUUACUGAAAAAGUUUUAUAUAUUUAAACAAAGGGGACUGCAGACUCAAUUCAUAUUGGAAAAUAUUCUUAGAAAUUGCGGUGAGAUUACAGAUGAUGAUAUUAUUCAGAUAGAUAGAAAAUCUCUAUUGUUAGGUUCAAAUCUAAGUAAAAGUGAUCUUCAAUUAAAGUAUAGUGAUGGAAACUCAACCUAUACAGAUGAUAAAAUUGAAAAUAAUGUAUUAAUAGAUGAGCAGGACUUUGAUUGGCCCAGUGAUGAAGAAUUGCUAAAAUUUAAGACUGAAAUAGAGAUUCCUGUUGAUGAUGAAAAAAAGCAGCAAGAUCCAAUAGCAUUAAAGGAUAAGACACAAAAAAAGAAUAAAAUACAAAAACUGAAGGUUAAAAAGAAAAUAAACAAAAGAAAAGAGAAGAAAAGUAAUCUGGUUAAGAAAAGAACACCUGCUGCAGUUGAUUGUAUUGAUAGUGAAAGUUUUGCUAAACAUUUUGCAACUAUCCAUUUAACGACAGAAGAGCAAUUUGAAGAGGUGAGAAGGCGUAAAGAGUCUAAGAACUAUAGAAACUCAUUUUACAAGUGUGACAUUUGUUAUAAAGGAUUCAUACAUACAAAAGCCUGGGAAACACACAAUAAACAACAUCAAGAGGGCAAAGUGCAGUGUGAUAUAUGCAAAAUGCGUUUCCGGACAAAGCACAGUUUGCAGGUACACAUUCAGUUCCACAGCACAAAGUACCGCUGCAGAAAUUGCCCCUACGUAACACUCGGCAAAAAUCACGCCAAAUUGCACAUCCUUUGGCAUAGAGGUCAUACAUACAUUUGCGACCAUUGUGGAGAAAAGUUUAGUAACCGUAACGCAUAUCUAACGCACGUGCGUUUAAAACAUCGUUCGGACUGGGUGUGUGGUUUCUGCGCUUCCACUUUUGUGUCCCAACUUGGUCUGAUGCAACAUAAAAGUUAUCACCAUGCGAGUCAUGAUGAAAAAACAGAAAUAGAUGAGAAUCCAGAUGCGCCCCACUGUGCCGAAUGUAAUAUGAAGUUCGCGAAUACGGAGGCGUUCAAGAAGCAUUUCCUCACUGCGAGAAAACACGAAGAAACUGCACAGACCAUUAUAGGUUGUCGGGAAUGUGGCGAGACAUUUGCUAGUAAGGAAGAGCGUCGCCAACACGCCCAUAUUCAUCAAUCGCGGUACGCCGGCGGCUAUCGGCCGAGUGCGCCACCCGCGCCUGCCCGUUACCCCCGAUUGAAGACUGACGACCAUGAACCUGAUAACGGGCCUACGGUUUGGCCUAAUAAGUGUCCUCUGUGUUCCGAGAUGAUAGCAAGUGCCCGCAGUUUGUCGGCGCAUUUCCGCACAGCGCAUCCACACGACGAAUACGUCAAGGAGAAACCACAUGUGUGUCACGUUUGCGGGUCGCGGCUACAGACUAAAUACAGCCUCGAAGCACACAUGUUGAGUCAUUUGAAAGAAAAGCCGUUCAAAUGCAGUCAAUGCGGUCGCGGAUUCAACAGUGCGGGAUGUCGCGCGAGUCACGAGAACACUGUGCACUCGGACUUGCGACCGCACCAAUGUUCUCUUUGCCAUAGAGCUUUUAAGAAGAAGGCUACAUUGAAGGCACAUUUUAUGACGCACACUGGCGAAAAACCCUACCGGUGCGAGAUCUGUGGUCACGCGUUCACUCAAUCCAACAGCUGCAAGAGCCACAUUAGGAAAGUGCAUGGAGAGCAACCGCCCCGAAUACUUACUAGGACAAGGCAUACAUAUUAA